AAAGACGGUGACAUCAUGGGCUAGGGAACAGCAAGGAGGUAGCCGAAGCAUCCAAGCCACUAAUGUGAGCAUUGGAGGUCAGAAGCUGAAUGAAGGAUGGCAGCAGUUUUUCAGGUGGACUAAGCUGGGGCUUUCCUCUCGUCUUUUGGAGCAGUCGUCGCGAGAAGGGGCACAGCAGAUGCAGAAUGCCAGGGUGUAUGCCAGGAGGCUGUGAGGACUGUUGAAGAUGUCCGAUAGUGUGGAUAUUGAAGAGAAACCUCCAGCUCCCCCUCUGAGAAUGAACAGUAACAACCGCGAUUCUUCAGCGUUGAAUCAUUGUUCAAAACCACUACCAAUGGCGCCCGAAGAAAAAAACAAGAAAGCUAGACUGCGCUCCAUUUUCCCAGGAGGAGGGGAUAAAACCAACAAGAAGAAAGAAAAGGAACGCCCAGAAAUCUCUCUUCCUUCAGAUUUUGAACACACCAUCCACGUUGGCUUUGACGCUGUAACGGGAGAGUUCACUCCAGAUCUCUGUGGUUCACAGAUGGGCACAGGGAAACUCCCAGAGGGAAUCCCAGAACAAUGGGCAAGACUUCUCCAAACCUCAAACAUCACCAAACUGGAGCAGAAAAAGAACCCUCAGGCUGUACUAGAUGUCCUCAAAUUCUAUGAUUCCAAAGAGACUGUGAACAACCAGAAGUACAUGAGCUUUACAUCUGGAGAUAAAAGUGCGCAUGGAUACAUAGCUGCCCACUCUUUGAAUACAAAGACUGCAUCAGAGCCUCCCCUCGCACCUCCUGUCUCAGAGGAAGAGGAUGAGGAAGAAGAGGAAGAAGAAGAUGACAAUGAGCCCCCACCUGUCAUCGCCCCACGCCCUGAGCAUACAAAAUCAAUCUACACUCGGUCAGUCAUUGAACCAAUUGCUGUGCCAGCUCCAGCUAAAGAAGCCUCAACGUCCCCUGUGACUACUCAGCCGGAAAACUCAAGCACGAGCACUUUGUAUAGGAAUACCGACCGACAGCGCAAAAAAUCAAAGAUGACGGAUGAAGAAAUUCUGGAGAAACUCAGAAGCAUUGUGAGUGUGGGAGACCCUAAAAAGAAAUAUACACGGUUUGAAAAGAUCGGCCAAGGGGCAUCAGGUACUGUGUACACAGCAAUAGACAUUGCUACAGGACAAGAGGUAGCAAUAAAGCAAAUGAACCUGCAACAGCAGCCCAAAAAAGAAUUAAUUAUUAAUGAAAUCUUGGUCAUGAGGGAAAAUAAAAAUUCCAAUAUUGUGAAUUAUUUAGACAGCUAUCUGGUUGGGGAUGAACUCUGGGUAGUGAUGGAAUAUCUGGCCGGAGGUUCUCUGACAGAUGUUGUUACAGAAACUUGCAUGGAUGAAGGGCAGAUCGCUGCAGUCUGUCGAGAGUGCCUACAAGCCCUGGACUUCUUACAUUCAAAUCAAGUGAUUCACAGAGACAUUAAAAGUGACAAUAUUCUCCUUGGGAUGGAUGGAUCUGUAAAGCUAACCGACUUUGGUUUCUGUGCUCAGAUUACACCAGAACAGAGUAAAAGAAGCACUAUGGUAGGAACGCCUUAUUGGAUGGCACCUGAAGUGGUUACAAGGAAGGCCUAUGGUCCUAAAGUUGACAUCUGGUCACUAGGAAUCAUGGCAAUUGAAAUGGUUGAAGGAGAACCCCCUUAUCUUAAUGAGAAUCCCCUCAGAGCUUUGUACCUGAUAGCUACUAAUGGGACUCCAGAACUGCAAAAUCCUGAGAGGCUGUCGGCAGUGUUCCGAGAUUUUCUCAACCGAUGCUUGGAAAUGGAUGUGGACAGGAGAGGCUCCGCCAAGGAGCUCCUGCAGCAUCCAUUUUUAAAACUAGCCAAACCACUUUCUAGUUUGACCCCACUCAUCAUAGCAGCGAAGGAAGCCAUUAAGAACAGCAGCCGCUAGCCUCGUUGAUCUCAUGCUGUAGCCUGCACAGGAAAACACAGAACUCAGCGAAUAUCUGGAAAACCUCAUCCGCUCACUCAGCAGGGUUAGUUAACUGACAGCAGGAGAGUCCGCAGCUACUGUCCGAAAAAGACAUAGCUCCCACCACAAAGCACCUACUCGAGUCUUCUUCCUGCCCUCUUGGAUUCCCGGUUAUACAUUUCUUUUUCUAAUUAUGAAGGAGUCUUCAUAAAAGCUUAUCCUGUUUUGCAAACUGGUGCUGCACAUUCUCACCCUGAACCCAUACAGAAACUUUCUUUUAAUGGGAUCUAAUUUCAUAAAAACAGUCCAAUUUCUGGGUUCUUUGCUUUGUAUUAACUGGAAAAAGGUACUUCUGCA